AUGAGGAACAUCGGUUCGGUCCUGUGGCCCAAGUUACGAUUACUGCAAAUCUAUGGCGCAAACACCGGUGUCGGCAAGACGAUCUUCUCCUCCGUCCUGUGCCGAGCGUUCAAAAGGCGGCUGAGAGAUGUGAAUUACCUGAAACCAGUUUCUACGGGGCCAUUGGAUGAAGCGGAUGAUCAGUAAGUUUUCUCCCAUACAUAGAAUGUCGAUCUGAGAAGUAUUGGGUGGUUUGGAUGGUGUUGGGAAGUGCAAUGGUUGAAGAGGUGGAUGGCCGAGUUAACCCCAAGAAACCCUAAGGACGUUAGGGUACGGCUGCGCAGCGGGCUGAGCUGACUUUCUGCAGUCAUAUAUCCACGCUCGGGACCGACGUGAAGACGAAAUGUCUGUUCCAAUUCGAUGACCCUGUCAGUCCGCACCUGGCUGUGCGUUCUGCCGGAAAAGUAAGUUCCAUCAGCGAGAUUGGACGUCUAUAUGCUGAUCGGAUCAGCCCAUCACGGACGCCACAGUCCUCGAAGCUGUCUACGACGAGCUGAAGAGACAGGCAGCGAGCAAUGAUGGCAUAUCCAUCGUCGAGACUGCGGGCGGGGUACUCUCUCCAACACCCUCUGGAAGUUCGCAGGCAGAUCUAUAUCGACCGCUGAGAUUACCAACAUUACUCGUUGGGGACUACCAGCUCGGAGGCAUUGGCACCACAAUCUCUGCAUGGGAGUCGCUACACAUCAGAGGCUACGAUGUAGACACGGUGGCGCUCUUCUCGGAGGACCGUUACGGCAACCACUCCUACCUGAAGGACUACUUUCGCGAGAAGCGAGUCAACGCCGUCGCCAUCCCGCCACCCCCGCCUCGUAAUGUCGUCGCGGAAGAGGAUCUCAAGGCCAUGAGAGAGUACUACGAGCGAUCGAGUACACAUCAAGACAUUGAGGCCUUCACAGGGCGAUUCCUCGAGAACCACGAGAAGCGGAUACGAGAGAUUAAGUCCAUGCCUGAAGAGGCAGACAACGCUAUCUGGCACCCUUUCAUGCAGCAUACAGAACGGUCGAAGGACACUAUCAUGGCAUGGGACUCCGCAUAUGGUGAUCACUUCCAGAGCUACUCUACCAAGCGAGAAGCAAAGUCUUCCCCGGAAGAAUCGCUCCUCACACCAGCCUUGGACGGUUCAGCAUCCUGGUGGACUCAGGGCCUCGGUCACGGAAACCCUCAACUGGCACUCACAGCCGCCCACGCCGCUGGGAGAUACGGCCAUGUCAUGUUCGGCGGCGCAAUCCACAAGCCCGGGCUCGAUCUUGCGCACACCGUGAUACAGAAGUCAGGCAAUCCGAAGCUAGCCAAAGUCUUCUAUUCCGACAACGGCAGCACGGGCAUGGAAGUUGCCGUCAAGAUGGCCUUACGCGCAGCCGUAGUGAAGUACCAGCCCGAGAAUGCGAAAGCGUUGGAUGUCCGCAUUCUCGGACUCAAGAACAGCUACCACGGCGACACGAUCGGCACAAUGGAUUGCUCAGAGCCGAGCAUUUUCAACGAGAAAGUGGAAUGGUACUCUGGUCGCGGCAUCUGGCUUGACUUUCCCACCGUGAAGAUGCGGCAGGGACAAUGGCUUGUCGAGCCAUUCGAAGGCUCGCCUUUGGGAACGAAGCACUUUGGAAGUCUGAGUGAGGUUUUCAAUUUCGAUGACCGCGCGCGAGACUACAACGCAUACAAGUCCUAUCUCCACGAGACGCUGGAUCGCGUCGUCACACAAUCAGGAGCGAGUCUUGGAGCUCUCAUCAUCGAACCCAUACUGCUCGGUGCCGGCGGAAUGAUGUUUGCCGAUCCUCUCUAUCAGCGCUGUCUCGUCGAAGUCGCGCGGGAAUUCUACAGCAAAGAAAACGGAACUCGCUUUGCAAAGAGCCUGAAAGCCGCCACCGCCGCCUCUUCCGACUCAGCACAGGACUGGACCAGCAUGCCCGUCAUCUUCGACGAAGUCUUCACAGGCCUCUACCGUCUCGGCCGCUUCAGCGCCGCCUCUUUCCUCGGAACCCAUCCGGACAUUGUCGUGAACGCCAAACUCCUCACAGGCGGUCUCCUUCCCCUGUGUACCACCACAGCCAGCGCUUCCAUCUUCAACGCAUUCCUCAGCAGCGACAAGACCGACGCCUUACUCCACGGACACAGCUACACCGCUCACCCCGUCGGCUGUGCCGUCGCGAACGAAAGUCUUCGCCAACUGCAGAAGCUCGACCGGAGCGGCGCGUGGGAGAGUUUCAAGGAAGACUGGAGUCCUCAGGGCGUAAGCCCAGGAGUUUCCUACCAAGGCAGCGGAGAGGGGGUUUGGAGUAUGUGGUCUUGGAAAUUUGUGACUGCCGUUUCGCAGAGAGGAAAUGUGGACAGUGUGUUUGCGUUGGGGUCUGUUCUGGCUAUCAGUCUGAAAGAUGCUGCUGGGAGUGGGGGGUACGCUUCUACUGCUGCGACGGGGUUGAGGGAUUCGUUGCUGGCUGGGAAGGAAGGGGAUGAAGAGGUGAUUCAUUCGAGGGUGUUGGGGAAUGUGCUGUAUCUUAUGACUGCGCUGACGACGCCCGAGGGCACGAUUGAAGGGGUUGAAGAGCGGGUUUUGGAGGCGUUGCGGUGA